UCCCGCUCGGAUCCCUCUGGAAUCGGAAAAUCCUGACCUUGGGUUUUGUUUUCCAGGCUGAAAGCGGGAAAAGGGAAGCGAAGACAGAGGACGGGAGCAGAGGAAGCUCGGGCUUGAAAAAAAUUCCAGAGGUGCGAAAACCAGCCGGGAAUCCGUCGGGAGAGGCCAGGAAAGGGCAAAUCCCCACCCCAAACGUGCCGGAGGAGAUUGCAGCGGGAGAGCCGGAGAUUCCCGAGUCUCAGGCGGGAGGAGCGGCGAGGGAGGACGCGGAGGGAUGGGAUCCUGGAACGGGAAUUCCCACGGAUCCCGCCGGCGGGAAAUCGCCCGCAGCGAGGUCGGAGGAGAAGCCGGCGCCGCUUUGCGGGGAUGGGAAGGAAGAGGCUCGGGAUGAGCCGGAGCUGGAAGCGCGGAAGGAGGAUGAGGAGCUCUCUGUUCCCGCCGUGGAAGCUCCGGAAUCGUCCGGCAAGGCGAUCCCGGCUGCCGGAGAAACGCCGGGAGCCGUCCCCGGAACGUCCCCGCGCUCGGACGAGGCUCCCGCGGCAUCGCCCGGCGCCGAGCCGGACGCUCCGGAAAAAAUUCCCGUUCCCGAGGCCGGGAAAAGCAACCGUGAAACGUCCACGGAGAGGAAAUGCAUCCCAAAAACUCCGGAUGCUCCGGGGAAAAAAUGGGAUGUGGCUGGAGCAGAGAGAGAGGGGACGGCGGAGGAAUCGCUGCUGAAAAUGGGGGAAAAUCCGGGGAAAACUUGGAGCAAGGCUGGGACAGAGGUGGAGAAAACACCUGGAAAAACGUUAUCCAAGGGUGGGGAAAACUCUGGGAAUGCUGCGGGUGAGAUCCCCGCGGGAAGUUGGGUUAAAAUCCCACAGAAUAAAGGGACGGGAGCGGCGAAAUCCGAGGAAAACCGCGCGGCGGCUCCGGGAAAUCCCGGUGCUUCCCUGAAGGAAUCGUGUCCUGGGAAACCCCUUCUGAAGGCGGUGGUGUCCAUCCCGGAUAUCCUGAAGCAGAGAAUUCCCGUCAGGAUCACCGAGCCUUCCCUGGGAAAAGCUGGAGAGCAAAAAAUCCCUCCCAGGACGGGACCGGAGAAGAAAAUCCCAGCCAAAGCCGCGGCUCAGCCGGGAGCUGGGAACGGCCAAUGGAAAGGGAACGGAAAUUCCGGAGGGGAUGCGCAGGGAGAGAGCGGGAAGAGCUCAUCCCAACAGGAAAAGGAUUCCCAGCUGGAAUCUCGGGCGAGCUCCAAGCAGAGCCAGCUGGGAGAGAGCGGAACGUGCGGCACGAGGGAAGAUCCCGGCGGGAAUCAGGCUCCUGGCAGGGGCGGUGCUGCGGCCUGGAAAAGCGGCGCCGGCGGGGCUGGAAGGCAGAAGGAGGAGGAAGAGCUCUUCCCGUUUAACCUGGACGAGUUCGUCACGGUGGACGAGGUGCUGGACGAAGCCGAAUCUCCGGCGACGCCGCGGCGAAACCCCCCGAGGGGGAAGAGAAAAGAAGCUCCCAAAUCCAACCCUUCGGAGCCGCCGGCGUCCAAGAAGAGGAAAGGGAAGAGUUGCGGAGCCGAAGGUGAGCUGUCCUUUGUCACCUUGGAUGAGAUCGGGGAGGAGGAGGAGGAGGACGCGCCGGUGCCGCUGCCGGGCGUCGACCCCCAGGGCCUGGUGGUGGUGGAUGAGGUGGUGGAAGAGGAGGAGCUGUCGGAAGCGGUGAAGGAUCCGCAGGCGCUGCUGACGCUGGACGAGAUCUCGGAGCAGGAGGAGCCGGGUUCCCACGGGAACGGGCCCAGGGUGGAAUUUGAGGAGCGGGAGCUGAAGGCCGAGCCCUUGGUGACCGUGGAUGAGAUCGGGGAGGUGGAGGAGCUGCCCCUCAACGAGCCCGCGGAGCUGAGCGCCGCCGAGGAGGGCAAAGCCAAUGCCGGGGAUUGCGGCGCCUCCCAGGUGCCCGACGAUCCCAACGCCUUGGUGACCGUGGAUGAGAUCCAGGAGGACAACGAGGACAAUCCUCUGAUGACUCUGGAUGAGGUUAACGAGGAUGAGGAUGAUUUCCUGGCCGACUUCAAUCACCUCAAAGAGGAACUAAACUUUGUUACAGUCGAUGAAGUCGGCGACGAGGAAGAAGAAAACUCUUUCCCAGGGAAGAACCCGCCUGAAGAUGAAGAUGAAGAUGAUGAAGAUAUUGUUGCUGUUGCAGGACCAGAAGAAAUGGGAAUUCUGGGAGAUACAAAUCCAGAGGAGGAAAUGGCUGAAAUCUCUAAGCCAAAAGCAGCUCAGCUGGGAUCAGAAGAGGCAGAACCAAAAUCUCAGCAGAAGAAAACGACUUUUCCAGGUGUCCCCAAGACUCAGAGCACUCCCAAAGCUCUGGAUAUCCUGGUCCCGAAGGCCGGAUUCUUCUGCCAGAUCUGCUCCCUCUUCUACGCCGACGAACCCUCCAUGAUCAACCACUGCAGGACCUCCCUGCACCGGCAGAACAUGGAGAAAUUCAUGGCCAAACAGCAGGAUAACGACGGAGAGGAGCCGAGCUCCAGGUGAUGGAACUUCCCCAGGAACGAAACUUCGGGGCCAGUCAGUUCUGUGUGUUUGGAUUUCGUUUGGGGUCGGGAAGGAACAUCCAUGAUGGAAAAAAAAAAAAAUUGGAGUUGGGAAAAGACUAAACCCAAAGCAGGAGAGGGUUGGAUUUGUGUCUCCGAUCGUCCCAACGAGGGGAGAGACUGUUGUGGGCCAGGAAAUAAAUGUUCUCUCUGUAUAGUUA